AUGUCUGUUCGUGUGCAUAAGUUUUAUGUGAUCUAUUUAAAUGCAGGAUCCUACGAGGUGGAUUUGAUGAGGAUUGCCAGUGAUCUGACAGACUCGGUGGUUGCCUCGGCUAUUGUACAAGUGAUGAGUGGUUGCUUCAGGGGUUCAGAGCUCGUCACUGCAACAGAUAGUGGUAUCAGUUUCGUGGAAAUUCCAGGCCACCUCAGCAGCGGAGAGGACGAUGAGUUAACUGUUACGGGAUCAAAGCCACACCUCGCCCCUACCCCUGCUGAGGCUGGUACCCCAAUAAUCCCCUUCAGUGACCUUGACAAACUCGGUCCCGUUCAAACUUCAUCAUCCAUCGGCGUGUCUGUAGGGCGCAACGACUCUCAAAAGUCGACCACUUCAAGUGGUUAUCUUGGUUCGGGUGAUGAAUUUGUCCCUCAUGACUGGAUUUGA